AGCCACGCCAAAAGAGGCAACAGGAGCUAGUCAUCACCAAGACAAAAGUAACUGAAGAGGGAGAGCACCAAGCGAACCAGCACUUGCGGCGGCGGCGAGAUGGCCUCGGGCAAUCGCGCACUCCCGAUCGAGAACGGCGAGGUCCUCCCUGCCGCCGGAGGCAAUGGCGAGGGCGGGAACGGCGGCAGCGGCGACGGAUUCAACCGCAACCGCUCCUCCGUGGACCAGCAGAUCGAUGAUAUGCGGAGGAGGCUGCGGGAGUUGGAGGAGACCGAGCGCGAGAUGCUAGCCGUCGCCGCCGCCGCUACGCAUGAAGAUCCAGCUGCAGCGGUAACCGCACUCGAAAAGGCAGAGGUGGAUGCUCGCUCCAUCUAUGUUGGAAAUGAGGUCACCCAGGUUCAGGAGGUCACCCAGGUUCUAUCCCUAUUACUGAUUCUGCCGGGUUGCUGUGACUUCAGUUUUUUGCUAGCGAAUUUCCAUGAUACAUACAGAAGAUACAGGCAAAGACACUGAAAGGCUGCGACUUCUGAAAGUUACAUAGUCUCCUUGUUGUCAUACCUCCCAUCAGACCAUGAUGACAUCACUUUUACCUUAGGAAUGAACCUAUGUUCCGAAUUAUCCCGUGAUCAGCCGGCCUGGUGGGUUUUAUACCGUUGACUUUAGCUUUGAAGUUUUAUCGAAUUUUGAGUCAGAAUUGUUGGCAAAGUUGUGUACUCUGCUUGCUCUGAUGAGUUCUAAGCAGUUGGACCUGAAUUAUCUGCAACCAUUGGCGAUAUACAUUAUGCCUGUUAGUUCAUGUUUGGUUGGCUUGUUA